AUGUGGAUAAAGUUAAGGAACGUCAAGGUGAUAAUAAUAACGGUUAUAGUUCUUCUUGCAAUAAUAUGUUUUAGACCAAAAAAUCAACAGGUCACAAACAAACUUACUUCAGAUGUUUCAGCAUCCAUUUCCAUUGACAGGCAAUCUCACAGACUGAAAAAUGUAACCUCUAAACCUAUAACAGCAUAUACCAUUCUAAGCAAAGGAAAUGGAAUCUUAUUUGUGGAGACCACAGAAAGAAUGGAACCACCAUCCCUGGUCUUAUGUGCUAUUGAAUCAGCAGCCCGAGUCUACCCUAACAGACCAGUUGUCUUCUUUAUGAAAGGACUGGAGGAUAUCAUGACAGAGGAAGAUGAGCAGAGAAUUCGCAAACACUUUCCAACUCUUUUACCUUUUGAUAAUAUCUACUUCUUUCCAUUGAAAAUGGAGGAGCUUUUCAUGUAUACACCACUUAUGACUUGGUAUAAAAAGGUAAACCCCAAAAAAGAAAAGUACUGGACCCAUGUAAUUUCUGAUGCCAGCAGGUUUGCUAUGAUGUGGAAACACGGUGGAAUUUAUAUGGAUACUGAUGUCAUCUCCAUUCGCCCAAUACCUAAGGAUCAUUUUGUAGCAGCUGAAUCUUCCGGAGUUACCAGCAGUAGUGUUUUUGGGCUGCCCCCCUUUCAUAACAUGACCUGGGAGUUUAUGGAAAACUUUGUAGUGGAAUACAAAGGAUGGAAAUGGGGACAUCAAGGACCAGGAGUGUUCUCACGUGUCAUAAAAAAGUUGUGUGGAGAGAUAGUAUUUACAUUUUUGGUAGAUACUGUAUGUAAAAAUGUAUUCUACUUUCAUCCCCAUUGUUUCUACCCAAUUUUAUAUACAUCCUGGGAAAAAUUUUUUGAAGUUUAUGAACAUGUGCCAACUUUCAGUGACUCGUAUGGCCUACAUCUAUGGAACUUUAAAAACAAACUUGGUCUAACUAUGGUUCCUGGAAGUAAUACAUUAGUGGAACACCUCUAUAAAAAAUACUGCCCUUUCACAUAUGGAGCAGUUCUGAGAAAUGAAAGAAUUUAUCUUUAA